AUGGAGGAGAUGCGGGGGAAUAUUCUAGAUCCGGGGGCCGCGGAGUUCUACCCGGCGAGCCAGUUUGCUCUCGCCCAGCCCCAAAUUUACUACACAUACCCCUCCCCACCGCCUCCGCCGGCGGUGCCGGUGUACCCGCAGGCGGCGCCGGCGGAGUACGUGAGCCCGGCGUGGGUGGCGGGGGACGGGGCGGCCACGAGGGCGGUGGUGCUGAGCAUGGUGCCGCGGCACGUCGGGGAGGCGGGGGUGCGGGGGGAGAUGGAGAAGUUUGGCGGGGUUCGGGCGGUGGAGAUGGGGUCGCUGGCCGCCGACGGGAUCGUGACCGUCCAUUUCUUUGAUCUGCGGGGCGCGCAGGCGGCGGUGGCGGAGAUCCGGGAGCAGCACGUGCGGCAGCAGAGCCUGCUCGGGCAGCAGUACGGCGUGCUCGCCGGCAAUUGGGCGGAGCCCGGUGGCCCCGGCGGCGCCGGGAUGGUGGUCAUGCACCCGAUGGGGUGGCGGGGGCUCAUCGCCGGGCAGGCGGUGUGGGCCCAGUUCGCGGCCAGGGCCUUCGACGACCCCAACCAUGGUUCCAUCGUUGUCUUCAAUUUGGAUCCAAGCGUCUCUUCGCUUGCUCUCCGAGAAAUCUUCCAGCCUUUCGGAGCCGUGAAAGAGGUGAAGGAGAUGGCCUCAAGACCCCACCACAGGGUGGUGGAGUUCUUCGACACUCGGGACGCCUCUCGUGCCCUCUCCGAGCUCAACGGCAAGGAAAUCCAUGGAAGAAGACUCGUCCUCGAAUUCUUCAGACCAGGCAGUCAGACAAGAAGCAGCAAUUACCCGAAGAGGAGUUCCGGUCAGCAGAACUAUCCCUUACCUCCGAGGCUUCUGCGGACGACAAGAUGGGUUCAAGGCAGUGGCGGAGGAGCUCCCCAGCCGUCCUCAUCGUCCUCGCCAAGUGGAGGAGGGAGUGGGGAGGGAGUGGUGUUGCCGAAGAGGACGAGCACCACCACCACCACCACCAGCACUGCCAGAAAUAGUAAUGGCGGCGACGGUAGCAGCGGCAGUGGGAGGAGGAACAAAGGUGGCGGCGGCGGCAGCAGCAGCCACCAAUCCUCGUCAAAGCAGCAGCAGUCGAGCAGGAAGGGGUGGAAGAGUCAUCAUGGGAAGAACGGCGGCGGGGAGGCGAGAUUUCUGUUCAAGGAAGCGGGUGAGGCGGAGGAGGAAUCCGCAUCCUCUUGUAGAGAUUCGAGGACCACCGUCAUGAUUAGAAACAUCCCCAACAAGUACAGUCAGAAGCUGUUGCUGAAUAUGUUGGACAACCACUGCAUUCACUGCAACGAGAAGAUUGGAGAGGAGGGUGAAGAGGAUGAGCCCUACUCCGCCUACGACUUCGUCUAUCUCCCCAUCGAUUUCAACAACAAGUGCAAUGUUGGAUAUGGUUUCGUGAAUCUCACAUCUCCGGAGGCUGCGUACAGACUCUACAAAGCCUUUCACAAGCAGCCAUGGGAGGUCUUCAACUCCCGAAAGAUUUGCCAGGUCACCUACGCUCGUUUGCAGGGCUUGGAGGCGCUGAAGGAGCACUUCAAGAACUCCAAGUUCGCGUGCGACAACGACGAGUACAUGCCGGUGAUCUUCUCCCCGCCCCGCGACGGCAGGCAGCUGACGGACCCCGUGCCCAUCGGCGGCCGCGGCCCCGGCCCUGUCGCUCUCACCAAGCGCGUCGUCGACCGGAUGCGCCGCGCCAGCGAGCAGCUCGCCUUCUCCGAGGCUGCUGCUGCGGUGGCGCCACCGCUGUCUGACGGCGGGGGAGCGUCCUCCACCACCACCUCGACCCACGCGCCAUCUGACAACGCCGAGCAUGACGAUGAUGACGAGGAGGAGGAGGACGAGGACGUGGGAAUCGGCGGCGGCGGCGGCGACGAGGAAGGCGGCAGCGAGGAGACCGGGAGUCGCCUCUCCGAGGCACUCCUAAGCCUAUCCUAUAGCCAAGUCUAGGCGGCCAGCCAUGGUCCAGCUAGCGAGCGGACACAUCUCAACACCCACAAGUCUCUGGCUCCUCUUUUGUAUUGAGGGUUCAAAAACUUUUCGAGGGGUAGAAUGAUGCAUUUAGUUGUAUCCAGGA